UGAUUAUUUUACCCUCGCUUCUUUGUCUCUCUUCUCCUUAUCCUCACGACACAACACUCUAAAACCCUCGCUUGAUAUUCUAAAUAUGUCUGCCUUGACCACACUUACCUUCAAGCCCUUAUCAAUGGCAGACUCCACCUCCCUACUUUCUCUACCCUCUAUUUUUACCACAACCACAAAGCCACCUCUUUCGUCUCUCUCUAUUGCUUCUCGGCCCCUCAAACUUCAUCUCUCACGCUCUCUAUCUUCGCAAACUCUAUCUCUUAACCUGAAGAAAAACACCCAUUUCUCUCAAUUUACCACCUUUGUUUCCUCAGAUUGGUCCAACCAAGAAGAAGAUAGCAGCAACACUACCGUUACUCUUGAACAAGAUGAAGAAGAACCCUCUUGGGGAAAUCAAGGAACCGAUGGGACCGAAGCAAAUUUAUCAGAUUGGGAACCUGAAGAGGAAGACACAGCAAUUGAGGCAAGUGAAGGCCAAGAAGAGAGUAGUGAACAAGACUUUGUGGAACCGCCCGAGGAAGCCAAGUUGUUUGUUGGGAAUUUACCGUAUGAUGUAGAUAGUCAAAAGCUUGCUAUGCUCUUUGAAAAGGCUGGAACUGUUGAGAUUGCUGAGGUUAUUUACAACAGGGAAACUGAUCGGAGUCGUGGUUUUGGGUUCGUGACAAUGAGUACUGUUGAGGAAGCUGACAAGGCUGUGGAAACAUUUAACAGAUAUGAUUUAGAUGGAAGACUACUGACUGUAAACAAGGCAGCUCCCAGAGGAACAGAACCAGAACGCCCCCCUCGUGUAUUUGAACCUGCGUUUAGAAUCUACGUAGGCAACCUACCUUGGGAAGUGGAUAAUGCUCGUCUAGAGCAAGUUUUUAGUGAACAUGGUAAGGUGGUGAGUGCACGGGUAGUUUAUGACAGGGAGACUGGUCGUUCACGUGGUUUUGGCUUUGUAACCAUGUCCAAUGAAACUGAAUUGAAUGAUGCCAUUGCUGCGCUUGAUGGACAGAAUCUGGAUGGGAGGGCAAUCAGAGUAAACGUUGCUGAGGAAAGACCAAGGCGCAACUUUUGACCUAAAAGAUGGAUAGGUGCAAGGUUGUGUAGUGGCAGUUUCUUUUCAUCACUUUCUCUAUCAUUUCCUUUUUUCUAUUUUUACCUUAACUAUUUUGGAAGGAGAUUUACAGUGUUGAGGUUCUUUGAGCUGGAUUUAUGGAAAUUUCUCAAGUGGAGCAAAAGCAGAAAAUUUCUUACCUUUGGUUCUUUGAAAUUUGUGGCUCAAUUUAAAAUACCCUGUAUAUUAUGAUUUGGCUGUGAUAAAUUUUCAGAAACGUAUUUGUUUUCCAGUGUUGAUGUUGGAGCUAUAUUGUUCCUUUAGUUCUGUCUUGUAGGAAAACCGUCUUGUUAAAGACAAAUAUUGACCUAAAAAUUUAUGUUACCCAUUUUUGCUAA